CCCGAACCGGGGGAGCGAGGCACGAGCUGGAGGCUGAGCCCUGUGCCGGAGCACAGCGAUGGAGCAGUACACAGCCAACAGCAACAGCUCCACAGAGCAGAUCGUGGUGCAGGCUGGGCAGAUCCAGCAGCAGCAGCAGGGUGGUGUCACUGCUGUCCAGCUGCAGACUGAGGCCCAGGUGGCAUCUGCCUCAGGCCAGCAAGUCCAGACCCUCCAGGUAGUGCAGGGGCAGCCGCUGAUGGUCCAGGUCAGCGGAGGCCAACUGAUCACAUCCACUGGGCAGCCCAUCAUGGUGCAGGCUGUGCCUGGGGGGCAGGGCCAGACCAUCAUGCAAGUCCCAGUUUCUGGAACACAGGGCCUGCAGCAGAUUCAGUUGGUCCAGCCAGGUCAGAUUCAGAUUCAAGGUGGGCAGGCUGUGCAGGUACAGGGGCAGCAGGGCCAGACCCAGCAGAUCAUUAUACAGCAGCCACAGACUGCAGUUACUGCUGGCCAGACACAGACCCAGCAGCAAAUAGCAGUUCAAGGACAGCAGGUAGCACAAGCAGCUGAAGGCCAGACCAUAGUCUAUCAGCCAGUUAAUGCUGAUGGAACCAUUCUCCAACAAGUCACAGUCCCUGUUACAGGCAUGAUCACCAUCCCAGCAGCCAGCCUGGCUGGAGCACAGAUUGUCCAGACAGGAGCCAGCACCAACACCACCAGCAGUGGGCAAGGGACAGUGACAGUGACACUGCCAGUGGCUGGGAAUGUGGUGAACUCAGGUGGCAUGGUCAUGAUGGUGCCUGGAGCUGGGUCAGUGCCAGCUAUCCAGAGGAUCCCUUUGCCUGGGGCAGAGAUGCUGGAGGAGGAGCCUCUCUAUGUCAAUGCCAAGCAGUACCACAGGAUCCUCAAGAGGAGGCAGGCCAGGGCCAAGCUGGAGGCUGAGGGGAAGAUCCCCAAAGAAAGAAGGAAGUACCUGCACGAGUCCAGGCACCGCCACGCCAUGGCCCGCAAGAGGGGCGAGGGGGGACGCUUCUUCUCCCCCAAGGAGAAGGACAGUCCCCACAUGCAGGAUCCCACUCAGGCCAAUGAGGAAGCCAUGACACAGAUGAUCAGAGUCUCCUAACCUGAAGGAAACAGCAGCUGAUGGAAUUCCCAUCCCUUCUGCCCUGCCUUCCAGUGCAUCCAGUGAGUCUCAGUGGGACAAUCAGCACACCCAGACUGUCCUCACCUUGCAGUGGGUGCUGGAGAGCUGAACUGCAGCUGACUCAAACAAUCUUCACUACUUCCUUGGUUUGCUCCUCUGGCCCAGCACAAGGAUUCCAGCCUCUGCCUCCCCCUUCCCUCUUUUAACCAUCUCCUGCACUAAGAUUGGUCGUGAGUGAGAGUCUGCCAGUGCCUCCCAGACCAGCAGUGAGAGCCAUGCUGCUGCAGGGCCAGCAGACACCUCCUGCAGUCACAGCCCUGUGGUACAGAGACCUCCUCCAGUGGACAGCAGCCAGGACUGAGGUGGCUGCACCACAGCCCUUUGUUUGCCCAGCACAGACUUGAUCUUUACAUCUGCUUCUUGGCAUCUCUGGACUCCUCUGCCAGCUGAGCUGUGCCCUGUUGUUCAUUCGCACCUCUGACACUGGCAGGAACUGGAAGGGUCCUUUUUUAAGUCCCACCUUGUGAAAUCCAUGAGCAGCAAAUUUCUCUCUGGGCAGAGCUGAGCCAUCCAGACCCAGUGCUGGGAACAUUUCAAGAUUAUUCCAGGGCUUGGUACCUUGUGUGUCUGUAGCAAGAAGUGAAAUGGGAGAGGGUGAGGUGGGGAUAAGGAUUUAAUUAGUAAAAUUAAUUAGGAUUUGAUAAGUAAAAGCAAUCCCUGGGUGGGUUUUUGACUUGUUUGUUGCCAGUAGUUGUUGCUUUGGGAGAGAAGUGAAUGCCAGUAGAGAAAGGAUUGAAACUGUUCAGUGAGUCCCUUCCAAAGGAUAUUCUUGGAUAUCAUUGGUUCAAAUCUUCCUUCUAAGCUGCCAGGGCAGUGCCUGGCUCCUCCAGAAGACAGAAAGCAGACAGCACCUGUGAUCAUCUCUGUGCCUGUGCAGUGAAGAGAGAACUGUGGAAGUGGUGUAGAAGACACCAAGGUGGGAUUGCUCCAGGGCAGCUCAGCUCAGCUCAUCCUGCUGCAGCUCAAGGACUCUUCAAGGGCUGGGGGCAGGUUGCUGAGUGGCAGCAUUUUGUAGACCAUCCUCUUGCAAUAAUGAAGGACAAAGUGGCACUUCAGGAGGGGGACUUCAGUUCUUUUUCAGAAAGGGUUUUUUUUGUGACCUGCAGCUGACCUCUGCUCCAGCAUCUCCACAGCUCUUCCCUUAGCUUUCACCCUGGAGCUUGUUUGCAGUUCACUCUGGAGCUCACUACUGACUUCUGCCUUGCUCCAUUCUUACCAGUUGGAAAUGUGGCCAAGGAAGCUGCAGUUCAGAAGCAUCUGAGCAGCUGUCCCUGCAGCUUGCCCUGCCUGCUUCAUCUGGAAGGAGCUUUGCAGACACUUUGUGCAUCCCCUGCCUGCUCCAGUCCCCACCUCUGGCAGCUUUUGUGUUCUGCACUGAAACGUCAAACUGCAUCUUGGCAGCUGAGCCAUGGGGUGGGAAACUGCCAGGGUUUGGCAGGAGGGAGGUGAUGGAGAACCUGAGCAGGGCAGGGUGCAGAGGGUGAGCUGUCUGUGAGGAAGGCAGCCAAGGAGGGACAGGAGAGGUUUAAAUUCAGUGAACCACGUUUGCAAGUGACAAAAAAAAGGAAAGGCAAGUUGAAAACCACCCUCCUGUUGUCUGCCUGCUGGGUUUGCAUCCCCUGAGAGCUUCUGACUUGGUGCAAAACAGAGGAGAGGGCAGCAAGGUAAAGACUGGGAGGAUGCAGAAAGACAGAGCCUUGGAAAUUCUGUUUGCUUUGGAUGAAAAACAGCAGUGCUGAGAAGGUGAGAAGAGGGGGAGGAAGGCAGGAGGAGGCAGAGAAGUGUGGAGGAAGGUUCCACUCUACAUGGGCAUCAGGAGGAAUGUGCCUGGCUGGGUGCUAGAGGUCACAGAGUGCUGAGGGUUGGAAGGGAGCUGCAGAGGUCCUCAGUGCAGCCCCCUGAAAGGCAGUAGUGCAGUGCUUGGGUCAGCAGCUGGCAGAGCAGAGGGAAGAUGCCCACUGGGGGUUUGUGGUGAGGCCCAAGCAGAGUUCACUUCAUCCUUCUGCAGUUUGAGUUCCCCUUCCACAGCUGAAGUGAGCUGAAGCUGAGCAAGAAACUCUUCAACCCCUUGCAGCUGUGGGAGGAGGUGGCCUGGUUCUUGAUGUGCAAAUUAAUCUUGCUGCAAUUUCCUUCUCAAAUGGUAUCAGGAACCCAGCAGCUGCUCACAAAAAGGGGAGGGGGA